AUGCUGCGGUUCAUUCCGUCACCGGCCACUGGCGAAGCCGCACGUCUCUUGUUUACCAAACAUUUGGUCGCGGAAAACAUUGUAAACAAAAAGUGCAGUUUCCAAGCAAUUGAUUUUGUCUGUAAAUCUAAUCGAUCAUGAAGGCCGUCAUUGGUAUUGUGAUGCUCACACUGGGAGUAGUGUCACCGGACAUGGCUGGUGAAUGUGACAUGGCCAGCUUCUACACAGAGUUGGGAUGCACACCGGUGGCCCGGGCUGACGGCGGGCUCUGUCCUGAGUCCUUCACCUGCCCGGACCUGCAUCCUGAUCCCACCAAAUGUUAUUACAAAGGCGUGGCGUAUGCUGACAAAUCUCCGAUUCCUCAGCCCCUGAUCAGCAACCCUUGCUCGCAAGCCUGUAGCUGCAGCGUGUUCUCCGGAGAGCCGCAGUUCAGCUGCGCGGCCGUGGACUGCGUGGAGACCUUCGACAAUGACAUGCAGCAGCAAUGCAUCUACACUUACGAAGUAGACUCCUGCUGCAGUACUGGCACUGUUUGUGGUAAAGACGCAAUAGCUCAGCUGAAGACCUGCGAAGUCGACGGCAAGACAUACCGCGAGGGUGAGACGUACCAGCCCAAGGACACACGCAAGACUUGUGUGUGCACUGCGGACUACAACGCAACUGACAACUCCUCCAACUGCCGGGACAUCAACUGCGGUAUCGAGAUCCACUACCAGUCCGAUCUACUUCGGAACUGCGCCCCAGUGUUCCCUGGUAACAUGCGCGGAUGUCCUAUCGGAUUUGAGUGUCAAAGUCCAAAGACCAAGGUGGUCCGUGGUCUCAACAUAAAGAACCUGACGGCCUCCUGCGUGUUCGGCAACUCGACCCUGAUCGUGGGAGACGAGGUGACGGUUGAGGACACCUGCACUAAAUGCACCUGCACUGUCCCACCCUUCGUUACUUGCACCAGGAAGAACACUUGUGACUCUUCGUAAUCUUGAAGAUGGACUGAAGAAUGGAUGGUGCCAUGGAGGCUUUGGAUGUGUGAAGAUGGACAGUUGUUAGUUUUUAAACUGACAUGGUUACUAACACUAUCAUUAGAACUUGAGACGGGAUAGGUAUUUAAUGUUUAUAUUUUAUGUACGAUACGACCUUCAAGAAAAAAGAAUACUCCUUUUUAAAAGGAAACGCACCUGUGACUCCUCUGGUGCUGCGGGUGUCCAAGGGCGGCGCUGAUCGCUUACCAUCAGGUGACUCGUAUCCUCGUUUGCCACCUAUUCCAUAAAAAAAAUGUCUAUGAGUUUCGAAUAUCGGAACAAUCCCGUAUCAAGUUCUAAUGAUGUGCAGUUAUUGUUAUAUUUAGAAGUCUGUUAUAUUUAACUAGGUAUGGCGUUUGUACGAUUUUUUUGCUAAAGUAUGAGUUAAUUUGUUACCUGUAAUUUUUUUGUGAUUGGGAACAAAUUUUUAAAUUUAUUUUUGUUAUUGUAUAUUAAGUCGAAAAUCGGAAAAGUUGGGACUGUCGUCUUAUUUUCCGAGAUGCUAAAAGAGUGAAGAUUUAUGUCCAAAAGACUAUUUCGAAGUCCAAUAAUUGACAGUUAUGUGCCCUUAGUUUGCUUUACGUUUAAAAAGGAAUCGAAACAAGAACGAAUUCGGCGCUCUGAUUGGCCGGCUACAAUAAACCAACCAAUCAGAGCGUUGAACUCGUUCUCGUUUUUAUACUAGGGGUAUAAAUUCAUACUAAGGGUUAUGGUUAUAAGACGAAUAUAGAAUGUCGUAACUCAUUAGUGCCAUCUAGUGAGUAUAAAAAGGAAAACCUGAAUGAUAUGACAAGCAAAUUAGGACCUAAAUACCUAAUUAAAAGAUUUCAAAAUAAAAAAACAGCAACUAAAAUGAAUACAAUUUUAUUUGAUGACAAUACAAAAAUCAUGUAACUGUAACUUAUGAACUUAAAAUCUAUGUGUAUACUUUGUUUUACGUACAUAACUAAGUUAAACUUAUGUUCUACUUAAAAAUACUUAAUUCUAAUAAAUACUCGAAUAUAGGAAUCACAUGACAUUUGCUUAUAAUAAGGAUAUUUACAUUAUGUACACGUACACAGCCGUUGAGGACCUUUAUAAACUUAAAUAUGUAUUCUUAAAUAUAUUGUGACGACCUUAAUCUAUUUACUUAUACUUAAGUACUUAAUUAUCUCAUAAAUUCUCAUAUUAUUUAAUGAAUCACAUCAUAGGAAUGAUUACAAACUAUGAAUAAAGUAAAUUAUCUUAUUUUUAAAA